GCUGGGGAGAGAGAGAGAGAGGGAGAGGAGGGAUGACAGGAGAUGUGGUUGUUGCCGCGGCAGCAGAGCAGCACUGAUCUCAUACGCUACAACAACUCCUCUUUCUUUUUUUCUGUUCUUCUUGGUCCUCCCGCACUUAUCUGCCUGUUUCAAGCUGGAAAGCUGCCUGCUCCUUCCCCUCUUCCUCCCAGCCUUCAUCUUCAUCAGCUGUGGGACCCUGAGUGCUCUGUAAAGUGGCAAUUAAAAGGAGAGCCGUACAUGGACAAGAAGCAGAGAGACCCCUCCCCUCAGUUUACGGACUCCAAGCUGGAGUCUCUGCCGACCGCUGUUAGGGAGACGACUGGAGAGCCGUGACGACGGAGAACAGGGAGAGGAGGAGGCUGCAGGUCCACAGUCUCCUCGGCGAGUCAGCGACUCCCCGUUCUGUCUCUGCUGCAUCUUCAGGGAGCAUCAUCAAGUUAUUAAGAGUCUGAGAGAAAGGCUCAGGUUUUAAUGCCGUCUUUCCUGCUUUUAUGUCCUCUGAUCAAAAUUCCCACAGCAAUAAACCUGAAACAGCAAUAUCAAAGAGUCUUCAGUUCGGAGACUUGAUGAACUGCUUUUUUUAAAGUGAACCUCAGCGUUUGAAGAUGCAGCAUUUGUUUUGCACAGCACAGAUUCACAGGAAGAGUUGCAGCUGAACUUGAAUGAGUACUUUGUCAUAACUUAGAGAUUUUAAUCAGAGGAAGAGUGCUUUUAUUCCAGAGAGCUGCAGACAGGAAGUCAUCUUAUUCCAGACUUCCUGUCCUGCUGAAAUUCAAGAAGAAGCAAAAGUCCAACAGUCUCACCUGUCACCUGCAGCAGCGUUCCUUUUCAAUGCAGAUGAUGGCUUGACGCGCCCACCUUCCCCUCCUCCCUGCCCCCCCCCCAACAUGUCUGACCUCUGCUCCAGUGGCUCAGGGUAGUCCGGCAGGCAAAGCCAAGAGCUUUAACCAAGGGGUCCCGGUCACACCGCCCCCAUACCUCCUACUUCUCGGGACAGCACUCCCUGACUCUGCUGGUGGGGAGCUCUGAUGCAACAUGGCGGCCGGCGUGGCGACAUGGCUGCCCUUUGCGAGGGCAGCGGCUGUGGGCUGGCUGCCGCUGGCCAAGAAGACCAUGCCCAAGCCUCCGGUGGACAACUCAUCAAGGUCGGAUGAGAUUUUGUACGUCAACGUCAGCGGCGUCCGCUUUCAGACGUGGAAGAAUACUCUGGACCGGUACCCGGACACACUGCUCGGGUCCUCAGAGAAGGAGUUCUUCUUCAACGAAGAGACACAGGAGUACUUCUUCGACAGAGACCCUGAGAUGUUCCGGCACAUUCUGAACUUUUACCGCACCGGGAAGCUCCACUACCCUCGAUACGAGUGCAUCCAGGCUUUUGACGAGGAGCUGGCCUUCUACGGCAUCGUGCCAGAGAUCAUCGGAGAUUGCUGCAUGGAGGAGUACAGAGACAGGAAGAAGGAGAACCAGGAGCGUCUGGCAGAGGACUCUGAGGCCAAUGAGGGGACAGAUGCCCCCCUCCCACCAGAUAGCACUUCCAGGGAGCGUUUGUGGCGAGCCUUCGAGAACCCCCACACGUCUACCAUGGCGCUGGUCUUCUACUAUGUGACAGGUUUCUUUAUUGCCGUAUCUGUCAUUGCAAACGUGGUGGAGACCGUGCCCUGCCGGCCCCCAAAGGGCAGCGUCAAAGACCUCCCCUGUGGGGAAAAAUACCAGCUGGCCUUCUUCUGCAUGGACACAGCCUGUGUGCUGAUCUUCACCUUUGAGUACCUGAUGCGUCUGUUUGCUGCCCCCAGCCGCUGCAAGUUCAUGCGCUCUGUGAUGUCGGUGAUCGACGUGGUGGCCAUCAUGCCCUACUACAUUGGCCUGGUGAUGCCUGAGAACGAGGACGUGAGCGGUGCAUUUGUCACCCUCAGAGUCUUCCGCGUCUUCCGGAUCUUCAAGUUCUCUCGCCACUCGCAGGGUUUGCGGAUUUUGGGCUACACUCUGAAGAGCUGUGCCUCCGAGCUGGGCUUCCUGCUCUUCUCCCUCACCAUGGCCAUCAUCAUCUUUGCCACAGUCAUGUUCUAUGCUGAGAAAGGCACCAAGGGUUCUACGUUCACCUCCAUCCCAGCCUCCUUCUGGUACACCAUAGUCACCAUGACAACGCUGGGGUAUGGGGACAUGGUUCCAAACACCAUAGCGGGGAAGAUCUUUGGUUCCAUCUGUUCCCUCAGCGGUGUGCUUGUGAUCGCGCUGCCAGUGCCCGUCAUUGUGUCCAACUUCAGCCGGAUCUACCACCAGAACCAGAGAGCCGACAAGAUGAGAGCUCAGCAGAAAGUGCGUUUGGCUCGGAUCCGCAUGGCAAAGAAAGGAACAACCAACGCCUUCCUCCAGUACAAAGAAGAUCGAGGACUCGGGGACCGGGACAGUGACAGCACGGCUUUGUGCGUGAAGAACAGAUCGGCGUUUGAGCAUCAACACCACCACUUGCUGCACUGUCUGGAGAAGACAACAAACCACGAGUUCACCGAUGAAGGGACCUACAGCGAACUGUGCAUGACCGACUCAGUGGGCUUCAGGACCAGUCGAAGCACCUCCCUGUCCAGCCAGCAGGGGGCACAGAACAAUUCUACAGGCUGCUGCCCCCGCCGGGCCAGGCGGAGAGCUGCAAUAAGACUGGCCAACUCCACAGUGUCCGUCAGCCGAGGGAGCGUCCAGGAGCUGGACACCCUUCACCUCAAAACCACGUCGAUCCCAGCACAAACUCGCUCCAGUCUGAACGCACAAGGUGUCAACCUGAAGCUGAACUGUGGAGAACAAGAUUUUUCUGCCGCCAUUAUUAGCAUCCCCACUCCUCCUGCCAAUACACCAGAUGAGAGCUUACCCCCGUCACCUGUCCCCAUCCCUGGCAUCCUACGCAACACGCGGGCCACUACGUUCACGCAUGAAACCGUCAAAAUCUCUUCCUUAUAACAUACGACUGUCCUCCUCCCUGGCUCCCACCCCCAGGCUCCAGCAGUUUCAACUCCAAUAGCCCCUUCAACGAUUGCUGGACUUGGGGCAACACAUGCUGACAUCUGUGUACUAAAUUGAUAUUUAGUGGAUACUUGUGCAAUGGGUUGUUUUCACCUUCUUUUAUAGGGAACUACAACUCUGAUUGACAGACGUGGAAAUGAGCAAAUCAACAGUUUACUGUCAGAGAAAGUCAGCCUAUGUGCAGGCUGACACCAGGAGCGCAUCGGUUUCAUAAAAAAAGCAUUCCCACAUCAGACGCACCAUGCAUUUGAACCAUUCUAUGCACUUGCACAGAGCUUAGAUCGCACUAUUGAAAAACAAGCCAUGAAUUCCUGAGAGCUGGUCCGGUUUCUUCAGUUCCACUCGGCUCCUGUUUGAAAAUGAUCCAGAAGGACAUCCGAGCACAGCAGUCACACCUGAGAGAUCCCUCGACCUGUGACCACUCGAAGGUUCAACCCUCCUUUGCUGAAAAUGACGAGGUUGAAGGUUGAAACUCAAGCAAAGAUCAGGAAAUACUGUAUGACUGUGCAAAAAAUCUUAUUCUUAACGAUAGAUUAACAAAAGUAACUUUUUAUCUGCAGCUGAUCUCAUUCUGAAUCAAGCCGUUUGGAAAAGGAGCCUCUUAAGGACAGACCUCUGAAGCUGAUCAGUCAACGCACAGGGGGAACUGUUUCAGCAGCCUGCACCUUUCAGGAACCAAACUUAUUGGAUCUCUGUAACACAACAAAAAGGAGCCAUGGAGAGAAAGUGUUUGUCCCAGACUGGGUCUGAUCUGAACGGGUCUGGUAUGACCCCUGAAUAUUUUGUCCCAGACCAGGAUCCAGAGCCUUUUUCUCUUCCAAAUAUGCAACAUACAACAAGCAGGAAAAUAGCAUCAACAAAUGAACAGAAUAUUAUUGAUAACCAUGUGUGUAUUUGAACCUCAAGUAAUUAUUGCAGGGAACAUACUGUAAAGCAGGAAAGCAUAUUCUGUGACCUUUUGACAGAGGAUGAACAGCACAGACUCAGGAAAAUGGGAAACACCAAAAGCUCCUCAGUGUUCUCCUCACAUUCGUCCUAAUGAGACUCUAAGGGUUGUUUCAGAGUUCCUGUUGGUGGCUUCAGUCGAAGAGCUUCGAGGAUGAAACACAAAUGAUAGCAUCACAUCCCAUUUUAAUUAACCAGUUGGAACGAGCUGGACAUUCAUGCUAAACUGUAGUUUGUAAACUUCAACAUCUGCCUCCAGCCUCUCAUGGCUUCCCAUAAACUACACUUCUAAGAUGGAACAGAUGUUUGAAGGAACAAAGAAACAUUCCCUUCUGCUGCCUGAUAUAAUCAUCAUCAGCCAGCACUGUCUGCCUCUGACCGCUGAAGAAGUAGACCUGUGGAGGAAGAGUUAGUGGCUUGACUUCUGGGAGCCUCACAUUUAGGAGUGUAUUUGACCAAGUCCCCUACUCUUUUGUUCCUGAUAGGUUUGAUUAGAUGGUUUUGCCUCUCCUUCAUUGGUCUGUAUAUCUGAGUGCAUUAAUAGGAAGAUGAGGCUUUGCUGCUGGAGUUUAUCUUUGUUCUCUUCUAAGUCAAACAGGAGUGCUUUUCUUCUAAAUCCAUACAUCAACCUCUGUUUUACGUUGUGAGCCCCAUGCCGGGUCAUCUUUAACACAAGCCGAGUGCUGCCUGGACUUUGAUUAGACGUUGCAGUAUAAGCAGAAGUCAGAGAUAAGGCUGCAGCUAUUGGCUUUAUCUCCUGCUGGUGCUUCAUUAGUGAUCAUGGCCGGCUCCAGUGGACUUUAUUGGUUGUUUCAGUGAGCAAAGGUCUGCAGAGAUGUGGCUUCCAGACGACAAUUCACUGCUGCAUUCCUGCCAACUUUGAUCCUGGCACCAAACCAGAGCUAAACCUGCCAAAAGGAGUGCUCUAUUGAGUUUGGAAUAUUUACUAUCAACUGAAACUUCUCUGUAUCAGAGCAACGUUUUUGGUGGCAGUAUUUGUUCCAUCUUUGAAGUCAAAAAAAGGUUAUAUAUCCUUUUUCUUCUCAGACUGUCUUUGGAAACUUGAGUUUCAGGGUUUACUAUGACUGAUUCUCAGCUCCAGAUACCUGGUUUACUGAUAGGUUAGACAACAUCCACUGUGCUGUCAGCUGUCCUUCCAUUCGCCCUUCAAGUGUCCUGAGAGGCUCAUACACCUGUCAGAGUACAUUCAGAUCCAGCCCCGAAUGACUGAGCCACACACUUCCACACAGGUGAGGUUUUGGAAGUGACGGUAGGGAAACUCAGUGUCACAAAUGAGCUGCUGCUGUCACUUCACUGACGCUCACCAUCAGCCACAUCACUGCGGAGCUUUUGGGUUACGCUUUUCCUCAGAGACAUGAAGACAGCAGGCCGGACCUACAUGCUGUAACAUAUUUUGUAUCAUAAAGUUUCACCUCCAUCUUUCUGUCCAAUCGUCCAAAAAAAAAGAAAA